GGAUCGCACGAUACCUGCUCGGAUCCACCGUUCGUUCAAAAUCCCACCGAGACGACCGAAGGGGGAGAGGGGGGCGAGCCUCAAAUCUCGCCGCCGCCUCGUUUCGCGACCCCUCUCUUCCCCGAGCAAGAAACCCUAGCGCCGCCGCUCGCCGGCGAUGGAGGCGCCGGACGAGGAGGCCGGCCUGGGGCUCCCGGAGGGCGAGCGGCUUCUGGAGGUCACCAUCAUCUCCGCGCAGGGGCUGAAGCCGCCUUCUGGACUUCGGCGGCGGUUGCAGGCGUACGCCGUGGCGUGGGUUGACACCGCGCACAGGCUCCAGACGCAACCCGACCGCUCUGGCGGCCCCGAUCCGGCUUGGCACGAGCGGUUCCUCUUCCGCGUGCACGAAGCCGCGCUCGCCGAGGAUUCCCGCGCUGCCGUCACCGUGGAGAUCUACGCCUCACCGAACGGGGCCUGGCACAUCGGCGGGGACUCCCUGAUCGGAUCCGCGCGGUUCCUCCUCGGCGACAACUGCCUCCUGUCCCGCCCCGUUGGGUCCCCAGCCAUGUUCGCCGUCGGCGUCCGACGCCCCUCCGGCCGCGUCCACGGCCUCCUCAAUGUGGCCGCUAGCCUGGUCGCUGCGCCGCCCUCUCCGGCGGCCUCCCACGCCCUCAGCUUCUCCCCCGCCGUCUCUCUCAGCGGCCUACCCCCUGCCGUCGCCAUCAGCAGCCUCUCCACGGCGCCGAUCUCAGGCCGCGUGCUGCGCGUCCUCAACCGCGCGCACCCAACACCCCCACCUUCUCCUAAGGUGCUCACGCCCAAGAAGCUGCAGGCCUCGGUGAAGCCUAACAAUAAAGGAUCGGACAACCAGCAGGUUGCGGUGAAGCCAAGUAACAAGCGUGAAGAUGAUGCCAGCGAUCAGGAGGGGGAGGAUGAGAACACGUACAUGGGCGGGGUGAUGUUUUGCGGGCCUUGUGUCUUACCAUUCCCGAGAAAGAUUCACACCAGCCCCUCUGACGAGAACCUGCAGGCCUUCGCUGGCAUCUUCUCUAGCGGUGUUGGCAUUGCCAGACGGAGCCCGAGCCCUCGGCACUGAGCCUAUGCAAAACAGGUCAGCUUGUCGGCCGGUCACGGGUUUGAGUCCUGGAAACAGCCUCUUGCAGAAAUGUAGGGAAAGGCUGCAUACUAUAGACCCAAAGCGGUCAGACCCUUCCCCGGACCCUGCGCAAGCGGGAGCUACGCGCACCGGGCUGCCCUUUAGGUCAAGCUUGUCGGCCAAUCGCUACAUGGCCAAUUGGCAAUUCAUGUUUGAUUCUUUAUUUACUUGCUGAAAUGCUGUAUUCCGUCAUGUGAAUUUCAAUGCAGAACACUAUAAUAUCUCAAUGGUCUGGCGUUGAUAGCAUCGCUGGUUUGUCACCCUCAAUGUGUUGUAUGCCCCUGUCAUAGGAAUUGGGCAAACAUCAUUUAACUUUAGCUUGUUCUAUGGACAUGAUACAUACUGACUCUGUCUAUGGUACUACUACUAAGUGGCCUAUAAACAGACAGAGGGAGUAUUAUUUACUGAUGAUUAUUCCAUUCAUGCAUCAAGACUCAAGGAUAAUUGACCACUCAUGCAUAGAUUAGUUCAGAUAGUUUUCAUUGUUCAACAUGCCUAGAACCAUAGUAUUUGCUCAUCUGCCAGCCCCCUGAGGGCCUGUUCAGUUGACAGGGAAAAUAGAAGGGUUUGGCAGGGAUUGGCAGGGAUUAGACCCUGUACAAGUCAAAACCUCCUCCAAUCCACCCCAAUCCCCCUGUGAGGAGGUGUAACCGAACAAAGCCUGAAGUAGUUCCAGGAUCAAUGUUCAUCGUGUGUCUUAGACUGGUUUUCCCCUGGUUUGAAACGAGGGAGAUCAUUCAGGGUGUACGCAGACCAUGUUUAAAGGCCCAAGUUCCAAGUGAUUUUCUCAAAGGACUUCAGGCUGCAUGCACCAAGUUGGGCCAUAACCUCUUAUUUGCCCUGGGGUCUAGAAUGCGCAUCACACUGAUGGGAGCCCAUCAUGGAGCCUGUGAGUGUAAUCUUGUUGUAUUUUAUUUAAUUUUGGUAUAAUCAAACAUAAUUUUUUGGAAGUUUUUUCCUUUAACCCUUCAGUCUUUCGUUUACACAUCCAUCUGAAUACACCUAAUUUGGAGAAACUACAUGUUUAAUAGGCAUAUGGCUCAUAUCAGUUUCUCUUAUGGAGGACAGAUACAAUUUGUUUGGCACUUUUAUCCUUUCCAACUUGAUAUCGGUUAAGUGUUCAUUGACUUUCUAUUCAAUAGAUUUCGUUGAUUCAAUAAUUUAGAACUUGAUGGAUAGUCAAACUUUUCGAACAUGGAGUUUUCUUGGAAGUGUCUGGUAUGAAUCAUUAGUUGUGACUGGAAAUUUCUUAUGCGCAGUCUUUAGGUUCUGGUGAUAUGAUUUAUUUAUUUAUUUGCACUAUAUACUUACUCUACUUAGAAGCUGAAGGUGUUAGGACUUGGGACAUUUACCAGUCACAGAUUUUGAGAACAUCAAAUUCUGAUGGGUUUCUUUUAUGAUGGACUGUAGAUCUUGUGAAGCAUGUCUGAUCUUAUUUGUUCACUCAACUGUGUGAUCUUGUAGACCAGGCACUCGGUUUGUUAUGUACUAAUCUUCUCAAGACCUGGUUAAUCUGUUUAAUUUGGUUUGGCUAAUGAUUGAAUACAACAUGUUUUUUUUUACUGAUUGUAUUCAGUUACCAGCUCUGCAUGAUCUGUUUGCCAGUAGCUGUGCUAAGGGCCUACAAUACUAACAAUUGAAUAUGAAGAGCAACCAUCAAAUAUGCCUCUUUCUACUUGUAUGCAUAAUGGUGGUUUGUAGCCUCCUUUAUUCUAAAGUUGUCAUUAUAGUUUUCUUCGGUUGGUCGUGUGUGUGAUUGUGCUGUCCAAAAUCCACCUGCUUUAUAUGGCAGGAUCCCGUGUUCUGAUUUCGACUCUUCCUCUCAUAGCUCUUUAGAGUGACUCAUCAAGUAAGGUAUAAACUGUUUGAAAGUUGAGAACUGAAUCGGCCACUUGUUGCCUUAGAUUCACGUGGAUUUACUUGUUCCUGUGCUUAUUGCGCUUAUUGGACACUGCAUAAGCAUAACCAUAAAGAAGUGCUACUUGUUGAUUGUGACCUUUACGUCAAUGGCCGCUCCAUCGCACCUUUAACAGAUUUUCUUUAUGUUGCAAGUCCUUGCCAUGUCCCUCUUCCAAUAGUGUGAGCCACACAAACCUGAUUCAAGUUACUCCACUGACGUAACAUUGUGUCUUUUGUUUGGUCCUGUGAUUGCUUGAAUUAUUUUCUGUAUGCUCAGUUGGUUGAUCUGGAUCCC